AUGACGAAGCCGGAAUGUGCACCAGCAUGGCAAAAGGCAAGUAGUCCAAGCCAAUAUGGAACUGCCACUAACAACAAGCAGUUCCUCGACGAACUGGGCGAGUCUGUAGCGCUCGAUGGCUCGCUCAGUGAUAUCCAGAAUCGCUGGGGAGAAAUCAUACAGACCAUGUUAACCAAGUACACGCUGCCAGAACCAGACCAGACGGUGCACACCCAGGACGUCACUGUCAGGGACAUCUGGCUCAGGGUGUACACUCCUCCUGGAACAACAGCGAACAAGCCAGUGGGCAUUUACUUCCACGGCGGAGGAUGGGCUAUGGGCAGCGUUGACCAGGAGGACGCCAUCUGUCGCCUCAUAAGCAAACACCACGAAAUGACGCUGGUUAGUGUCUCGUAUCGACUCGCGCCGGAAUACAAAUUCCCGACUGCGCUCGAUGACUGCGUGGAAGCAGUAGAGUGGGCGCUGGCAAAUCUGCAGGCAUCGUCUGCUGUUAUUAUCGGGGCCUCUGCAGGCGGAAAUCUGGCAUUCGGUGCAGCACUCAAGUUGAUCGACCAGGGACGCGGCGAGCAGAUCGAUGGUGUAGUCUCCCUUGUUCCUAUCACGGUACAUCGAGACGCCGUCCCUGAGGAAUCGAGAGCGCAGUACACCUCGUACGAUGUCAAUGCCAAUUCCACUGUGAACUCUGCCGCUGCGAUGAAGACAUUCUUUGAGGCCUACAGCCCCCCACCAGAUGACAAGUACACGUCGUGUCUUUUGCAUCCGAAUCUCAAGCAGCUGAAGAAGGUGUACAUUGCCGAGUGUGGUUUGGAUACGCUGCGAGAUGACGCACGUCUGAUGAAGGAGGCUUUAGAAAGGGAUGGCGUUGCUGUUUCCUACGAUGCAUAUCCCGGGUUUCCUCAUUACUCUUGGACUUUUCCCUCGAAGCACAUUGACAAGCAUCGCGAGGAGUUCCUUUCUCAGAUGCUGGACGGAGUGCAGUGGGUGGCGGGCAUUCAAUAG